GGUCACUUUUUUUCUUGCCCUCCCCUUGAUCCCUUGCCUUUCGAGACUUGACAACAACCAUUCGACUUCGACCUAACCGAGAUCACAACUCCCUCUAACAGCUUUCGUCGGGAUCUUGAAGGCAAACCGAAUCGGAUCGGAUCACACCACACCAAAAGGAUUAGUGACUCAAACAGCGCGGAAUUAGAUAGAAAGAACAGCAAAGAUGGUGUUAUUCGCGCACAUCCCAUUUCUACCAUAUCUCGAUGAUCCGACGAGGAUACCGAGCCGGGAGAUCCUGAUCCAACUGCAGACGAUCGUCCCCAUCCUGAUCUCAGCCGUCCACGCCGCCGAGAUCUUGGCCCUCUUGCCCGCCCAAGUCGAGACCUACAUCUACGACGAUCUCGACCCUGUCGAUCUGCCCGAAGCUGACCGGUUGGAGACUCUCAUCAUGCUCCUCGAUCGUGGGUCUUCUAAAGUGAUCUCCCAAGCAUCCUUCGUCAAACCCUUACUCGAACGAGGCGUCCCCCACAACCGCAUCAUCCCGCGCUUCUCUUCUUCUUCUUCUCCCCAAAAUCUCGAUCAUCUUUCCGAUCUCUCAUCGUCGUCAUCCGGAAAUCCUCAGUCUGUCAUGCUCGAAAUCCCUCAUAACUCGGACUCUGAUUUAUCGACUUCAACUACCACUUUGGAGAAAUUUCUCGACUUCAUCGAUCAUCAAUCUAAAGAUCACCCAACUUUUCUCUUAGACCCUCACCGGCAAUUGGAAAGUUUACUAUCAUCAUCAUCAUCAUCGAAGAGGACGACGGAAGAACUGAACGUGGUUCAGUUAAUUGGAUCGACAGAUCUGAUCAAGAUGGAUUCCGAGCAAUUGAUCGAGCAAUUUCUGAAGAGUUUGAAAACGGAUCGCCCGGAUGGAUUAUACACGACCUCAGUCGUGAGCGACUCGCCGGCAUGCAGUCUCCUGGGCCAAGUAUAUUCCUCGCUCGAGUCGAUCAAGAAGAGCAUCCAGACCCGGAAGGCUACAUACUAUAGUCGGUCGAGGAGCCAGCUUUGGAUCAAGGGAGAAACCAGUGGGGCCACCCAGGAAUGUCUGCGGAUUCGGACGGAUUGCGAUCGCGAUUCUCUGGAGUUUCACGUGAUUCAAAAGCCGUUGACCGGGUUCUGUCAUACCCAAGAAAUCAGCUGCUUUGGCCCGCUAGGCGGCCUCAAACAGCUCGAAUCUACCUUGCUUCACCGGCUCCAAACUUCGACUCCUGGCAGUUAUACCAACCGAUUAUUCAACGAUGAGAAGCUAUUACGCGCGAAGAUCAUGGAGGAAGCCGAAGAGCUAUGUGAUGCUGAAUCCCCCUCAGACCUGACGGGAGAGAUGGCAGACUUGCUCUACUUCGCUCUAUGUCGAUGUAUCAGUAAGGGAGUUAGUCUGGCCCAAGUCGAACAGAAGCUCAACCAACGUGCGCUCAAAGUGACUCGAAGGAAGGGGGAUGCCAAGCCGAAAUGGGAGGCCAAGAUCAAUGACGGAGCCAAGGAGGAUCAACGAGCGAAUCCGGCGCCCAAGCCAACCCCAGCAGAGGGCCCGCUACGUUGUCAAAUGAUCGAUCUGAAAGAAGUGCCCGAACAGGAACGGGCCUCGUUACUCAAACGCCCGAUGACGGACUCUCGGACGAUGACAGGACUGGUGACCCCGAUCAUCGAAAUGGUCAAGACUAGGGGCGAUCAAGGACUUUUGGAGGCCGUCCAAAAAUUCGACAGAUGCGGGUUUGAGAGUGCCGAUCAGUUGACGAUCCGGGCCCCGUUCGCCGAAUCCUCGAUGCAGAUCUCCCCCGAAAUCAAGCAGGCAAUCGAUGUGGCCUACAACAAUAUCUACAAGUUCCACGAGAAGCAGUUGGAGAAGGAGCGGACGCCGAUGGUAGUCGAGACGAUGAAGGGCGUUGUCUGUUCUCGAUUCGUCCGCCCGAUCGAUCGGGUUGGGCUUUAUGUUCCAGGCGGGACCGCGAUUCUUCCGUCGACGGCCUUGAUGCUAGCGAUUCCGGCGCAAGUGGCGGGAUGUGAAGCGAUCAGCAUUGCGACGCCAGCACGAGCGGAUGGGACGAUCUCGGCGGAGAUCAUGUACAUAGCCCAGAAGUGUGGGGUGCAGGAGAUUGUGAAGGCGGGAGGAGCACAUGCGAUUGCGGCCUUAGCCUAUGGCACCCAACGGGUCUCCAAGGUCGACAAGAUCUUCGGCCCGGGGAACCAGUUCGUGACGGUGGCCAAGAUGCUGGUGGCCAGUGAUGUGCAUGCUGCGACGGCGAUCGACAUGCCUGCGGGGCCCUCGGAGGUCCUACUGAUCGCCGAUCGAUCCUGCGAGCCGGUCUUUGUGGCCGCCGAUCUUCUCUCUCAAGCCGAACAUGGGAUCGACUCGCAAGUCAUCUUACUUGCUAUCGAUCUCAAAGCCGAGCAACUUCAAGAGAUCCAAAAUCAAAUCAAUCUUCAAGCUCAUCGACUCUCUAGAAUCGAAAUCAUCAAACAAUCGAUCCCUAAGAGCUUCAUCGUUCAGGUGCCUACCCUUGAUGCCGCCUUUCAGCUCAGCAAUCAUUACGCUCCUGAACACCUUAUCUUGCAUAUCAAAGACCCCAACCAAGCCUCUCAUCUUAUUCGCAACGCUGGGAGCGUCUUUAUUGGCCCCUUUUCUCCUGAAAGCUGUGGUGAUUACGCGUCGGGUACAAACCAUUCAUUACCUACUGUGGGAUUUGCAAAACAGUAUUCAGGAGUGUCGACGAUGAGUUUUAUGAAACAUAUCACCACUCAAGAGUUGACUAAAGACGGAUUAAAAGAGUUGGGACCGACGGUGAUUAGGUUGGCUAAUCUUGAAGGCUUGGAUGGGCAUGCGAAUGCCGUUCAAGUUCGACUGCUUCAAUAAUCCUUUUUCUUUGAUUCUUUUACCUUUUUUUUUUUGCGGUUUCUUCUUUGAAUCCCUUCUCUCUUUCCUUCCUUUUCUUUUUUGUCUAAAAAAAACAUAUAUUUCCUUGUUUCUUGGAUUGAUCUUUCUUCAGGAAAACACACUGUCAAUCUAUAAAAAAUGUGGCGAAUUUCUUUUGAUGCUUGUUUGUCUUUUCAAGUGGCUAUUCACAUCAGAGAGUCUUGGUUUAUACACUUAUUGGAAAUCCCCUGGUAGAUAUCAUUGCUUGUUAAUGGUAAUAACUACACACAUAUACCCUCUUCUUUUGUUUUUUUGUUGUGUGUGCCUAUGUGUGAAUUCUUGGGAGAUUCCUCAGGGUAUAGUCUAUUUUCAACUUAAGAUUUCUUUUCAACUAGUUAAAUUUGACCCAAAGUCUUUUUUCCUUUGUGGAUGCCA